GGAGGUAAAUCGUAAAUUAUACCUUCAAAAUACAAAAUGAAGGAUUGUUUGUAAUUUAGAUGAUGGGAUAUCAAACCGUUUCAGCACCACUUCAAAGAGUGAUCUCCGCCUGUUGAGACGGGGUUGAAUCUAUAUUACUUAUGCAGAGUCGAAGAGAUGAAACCAGAAAAAAAAAACGUCCUCUUUUGAACUCUGCUUUUUUUCAUCUCUUGUUUAAGCUAAUUAUAUGUUUUCAAUUCGUAUCAAUGGCAAAUAUAUACGCAACUACGAACAAUGGUUCCUCAUCUUCUUCACCUGUAGAGACCGAUGACAUUUCCUUCUUUCUCCAGAAAUUUCUCCCUCCUUCUUCCUUUUCUUCUCCAACUCUCAUGCAGCAGCAGUCUUUUGCUACAACCCAUGAUUAUGUUCCGCCAACUGUCCCAGGUUCGGGUCGGAUCUCUUUGCUGGAAUCAUCUUCAGCGUUGAAAUCGUCCUCCGGUGGGUAUUUUCCGACGAGGGCAGUGGCGAAUGUGUCGUCUUCUUCUGUUGGGACAGUGGAUAAUGACCCUGAUAAAUAUGAGCAUGAUUGUGAAAGCAAGGAGGCAAUUGAAGCCUUGGUAGAAGAGGCAAUGCCAAAGCCAACACCACGCCGGAACUCAUUCAAGAGAACUCGAGCAGCUGAAGUGCAUAAUAUGUCUGAAAAGAGGAGAAGAAGCAGGAUUAAUGAAAAAAUGAAGUCGCUGCAAAAUCUAAUUCCAAAUUCAAACAAGACGGACAAGGCUUCAAUGCUUGAUGAAGCAAUUGAGUACCUCAAGCAGCUCCAACUUCAAGUACAGAUGCUAACAAUGAGAAACGGAGUAAGCCUUUAUCCCGUGUCCCUCCCCUGGAUGCCACGGCGUGACCAAAUUUCUCAGAUGAGAAUGGGUAUUCACCCGGGGAAUGGACCCCUAAACGUGAACAUGGAAAGUGAACAUCCUUUGAAUCAAGAUAACUCAUCAAAUGCCCUAUUCAAUCUACUGGAUAAUAGUCCUAUGCACGCAUCAGCUGCGGAUUUCUCAACCAUGAUGGGUUCAAAAACUUCAUUUGGAUUGGCAUCAAUCCCGACUCAACUCGGACCCUUCCAGUUCUCCAGAUCUUCGAAAGGACGAGGAUUUGCCUCUUCAUCAAGUUAAUGGGAACUCUUCUGGGACUGGUUUCAGAGACUACAGUGAAGGAGUGAAAGCAUAUUCAGUUCCUUUUGACACUCGACCAUCUGACUUUAACGAAAAUACUCUGGAAGCAUGCUUCAUCGGAGGAGAACAGCGUGAAGGCAUGCAACAAAAUUUGGACCGCAAUCCAAAUCUUUCACCGCAGUUUAAUGGGUAAUUUCUCUUUCGUAUCAAGUGUUCCUGUUGCCUUCUCACUUUACUAGUUAUUUGAGUUUUACCGCUGUUAUGGGAAGACAAAUUGGAGCGAGAGCGUCUAAUGAUGAUAUCAAAAUUUAAAGCAACGGAAUAUGAAUUUUGGAUUUCGGUGGAGCUAACUUAUCAAAUUAAUGAUGCUUUUUCAA